AUGAUGACCCACAUGUGCCGAUGGUCGCUUGCGCAGCAGCACCGCGCGGUCGAGAUGCCAAAGUUGCGGAGUUCUUCCCUCAACCACUUUGCUAACGCAGUGGCCCUGUUCUUCUUCGACGAAGAUUGCACGGUGGUCUGGCAGAGGAACUGGAAAGUUGCACGCGAAAGAGCUCUUGCCCACACCCAAUCGCCUGAGCUGGGUGCCGACCGUGACAAGCAUUUCAAGCAUGUUGCGGCCAUGGCAUCGAAAGCAUUCCGGCACACCCUGAUUAAGGGUAGAUGGAGCCAGUUGGGGAACGAUCGCGUGAUGCCUGCCUUAGAUCUUCUGGCCUCUGCCUUGGCCAAUGCCCUCGCGGAGGUGGACCGGAGCUACCCGCAGUCUGCAGAUGACCUUCUGCAGCAGGCGCAGCAAGAACUCGGAGCAGCAAGCGAGGUGACCAGCAAGCCGCAGCUCCUUGAAAAGAUCCAGAGCCUGCUUGAAAGCCAGGGGCUUCUGCAAGGCUGUGGGAGCUGCGGCCUUCCAACUCGCCGGGUACGGCAGCUCCUCUCCUUCCUGCCUGUGGCGCGCUUGAAAGUUCACCAUUCCCAAGAUGGCGAAGGGCUUAUGGGUUCGGGCUACCCGGCGGACUUGAUGGCCUUCCUGGAGGAUUCCUCCCUGCCUUGGAAGGCUAGGGCAGAAGUCGACAUCGGCGACCUUCUCUCCGAAGUCUUCGUGAACACUUCUGAUCCAGUGGAAAGGGAGGCCAUGACAGUGAAGUGUGCGAUUUUCGUGCCAUUGAGUGACUCCCCACCGGAGUACCUGGUUCGCCGGCUGAAGUUGGGCUUGCUCUCGCCGCUCUUUGCUGUCAACCAACUUUUCGCAGUGUCUGAGAAGACGGACGUACGGCGCACGCGCUUUUCCAGGGACCGGGCAGUGGCAGAUUUCGUGUGCGAAGCCACCCCGAUGGAGGUUUGCGUAGCAGUCUUCAACGUGCACGGCGCCAUCAAGAAAGAGCCUGAGCUCGUAGACUCCUCCGGGAUCCAAACUGUCAAGGAGAUCACGAAACUUGACAGCGAGACCCGCCAGAGGAUUUGGGAGUCGAUGAAUGCAAAGAUCACGUCUCCAGAAAGACACCUCGUCCAGUUCUUUUCCGAGGCGAUACAAGCAUUCACGACGUUGCCGCAGUCCAGUGCAAAGCCCGAGGUCGAGGAAAACGUGGAAGCGAAGGACGGAAGCGAGCCGGAGGCCGAAGAGGAAGCAGCCACCGACUCCGAUGAG